AUGGAUGGCAAUGAGACCCUCAAGACUGCAGAGGAGUCCCUGACAAUGUUACCUGGGAAACAGCAACCUGGAUCUUCAUCUGGAUCUAGGAAUCAAAUUGACACACAGCAGAUUAACAGGAGAAAAAUGUACAGGUAUAAUUUUUACACAUACAUCGAGAUCUUCACAAGAAGGAGCAUCACGUCGCUCAAAGACCUCACAUCCUACUUUCGCAAAAGCAGCAGCAUGCCCAAGGUCACGCAGCCGCCCAGGGAUGGAGCUCAAUCCAAACCCGCGAGUGGCGAUCCAUCGACUGCACCUCGUGCCCCUCUCGCCGGGAAUACGGCAGGGUUAGCCGCCCCAGGCCUGCAGACUGGGGUCGCUGUCCGCAUCCCGGCCGACCCAAUCGGAACCGCUCCGGGACCCCACUCUCCGCCGCCCGCGGUCCGACGCGACCCCGCCUUCGGCCGGGAAGGUCCCUCUAGCCUGAGCGUCUCGAGCGAGGGGCGCGUGCACGGACGAGACCCCCGGGAGCCGUCUGGCCCAGUAGCCGCCAGCUUCCCGCCGUGUCCCCGCCAUCUCCGCCCCUCCGCGUCCCGGGACCUGACUUGGUCCGGAGCUGCGCACCGAGCGUUCGGGCAUGCCCCGCUACGAGCUGGCUUUGAUCCUGAAAGCCAUGCAGCGGCCAAAAGCCUGCUCCGGUUGUCCUUAGCCCCGUUUCAUUCAUCAAAGUUGUGGCAUUAUUUGCGCCUUAAGAAGACACUUUUCUUCCCCCUGCUUUUGAUUGAUUUUGAGCCGGAGACUGCUGCUGCUUUGAAACGGACAAUAGAAGCCCUGAUGGACAGAGGUGCGAUAGUGAGGAGCCUGGAAAACCUGGGUGAACGAGCGCUUCCUUACAUGAUUUCUGCCCAUAACCAGCGGCACCAGAGAGGCGGGUAUUUUUUGGUGGAUUUUUAUGCACCAACAACCACGGUUCAAAGCAUGAUGGAACAUUUGUCUCGAGACAUUGAUGUGAUUAGACCAAAUAUUGUAAAGCACCCUCUGACCCAGGAAGUAAAGGAGUGUGAAGGGAUUGUCCCAGUUCCACUCGAAGAAAAGUUAUAUUCUACAAAGAAGAAGAAGAAGUGAAAAGACUCACCAGAUUCAAGCCUUAUAAUUAAUUCUCUUACAUUUGAGCAGCGUGGAUGAAUAGUUGAUACGCUUGGCCUUUAUAUGAGAGCAUGUUGUGGUGCCAUUUGAUUUUUCUGAAGUAUUUUUAGCUCUUGAUUGCCUUUGCUUCAAGAGGGGAGCAAACUCCCCACUGGGAACUGCUCUGCAAUCUGUGGGUCCAGCAGAUCACUCUCAAUUUCAUUUUUGUUAAUGUUCUUUCUUUGUCAGUGGGGACUUCCCUCUUACAAACAGGAACACACCAGUUUGAAGAACAAAACUCAGAGAACUACCUUGGAUUGCAAGCUGGUCAUUCAGACUCUAUAACCAUGCAACAGUAAAAAUCCAAGACCACUGUAGUAUAUGGGCAACUUGUGAUCAGAGUAAUAAACAUGCUUUCAGAAAACCCAG